AUGAGCAUCCAGGCCCUCACGCCUUCCGUAGGUCUUUCCAACAAAGCGAAGGGUAAACAGCCUGUUCGUGUUCAAUCUUUCGUGAACUCCGCGCAAAGGGCAGGCUCUACGAGCGACCUUGACUCUGAUGCAAGCUCUGACUCUGAUGACGAGGAGGAAUCCUCGAGUUUCUCAAGCUCGUCAUCUGUCGAUGAUGCAGAAGGCCUGUCUGUCUUUGAUCAUCUAGAAGAUCUGGUCGUCGCAGCAUCCUCCUCCAUUCGAGCACGCAAGCAAGCGCGGCAGCAGGCCGAGAGAGAGGCAUUUGAGAAAGGGCAAGAUAUGGUCUCGCUAGUCCAGCCAGCACGAUCCGAAGCAGCUGCUUCGACUGGUCAAUCAAGCAAAAGCAAAGGAAAGGCCCGUCAGAUCAAUCAAGGCGGUUCAUCGAGAGGUCCAUGCAGAGCGAACGACGGGAAAGUCAUUGAUUCAUCGAUUGAGCGACUUGGCAGUGGGCAGCUUUUACAGCAAGACGCAGCACCCACAGGGCGAUAUGCAAAGCGAGAGCGGCGUGAUGAACGCUCCAAGACCGCUGGAUCCGCAUGGUUCAACAUGCCUGCUUUCCCCACCAGUUCGACUUCCUCCCUCACCAAUACAUCAUCCUCGGCGAUAGUUCGUGAUGAACCAUCGAGGUUAACGAGAGGUGGCACCUCUGCCAUAUCCGGUGACGCACGUGCCAAGACUGCCCUUGAGAUGCGGAGGGAGAUCAUGGCUAUAAGGCUGAGAAACAUGAUGGAUCCGAAACGGUUCUACAGGGGCAGCAAAACCGGGAAGAUUCAGAUGCCAGAGUUUGCUCAGCUCGGGACAAUUGUGUCAUCACCUUUUGAGCCGAAGCAACAGCUGCGACGCGACGAGCGAGGGCGGACCGUCGUCGAGGAGCUCAUCAAGGACGCGGAGGCGGCUGCCUAUGCCAAGAAGAAAUUCGGAGAGCUUCAAGGCCGAAACGUGCCCGGCGGACGUGUGCAUCACAAGCACAAGAAGGGCAAAGGCAAGGGGAAGAGCAAGAGCGGCCGCCGAUGAUUUUGGCAGAGGAAGAGGACCGUGAUGGUCCCUACGCCAGGCCCCUGCUUCACUUGCGUGCUGUUAGCCGAUUGAUGCACAAGCGUGCUUCACCAUUGGACGGUGCAACACGCCGAGCUUUUCUGAGAAUGAAGUGCCAUGGACUUUGCCUCGGGAGAGCGCCCACAUGUACGAGCACCAGCCAAUUCGACGGCUCGGUCCGCUUGCAUGAUACGCUCGACGAUGAGAGCAUCCUGCUCUCAGUACUAGCUGAUGGAGAGUGACGGGCGAUGGCUCAUCUUGCUCCCUUUCAAGGUGCUGCUUAGAUCUUGUUGGCAAAGUUGCUUUGCAUGAGUUUACAUGAGAUAUUCUGUAAAACCCGCCGAGGGUAAAAAUUUUGUAUGGCUGGCCCUGGAUACAGCACGGGAGCACUGUUUUGCCGUGUUUUCACCCCUGCUUGUACAAAUUUGCC